GAGUCCCCGAGAGGUUAGUGCUCAUCGUUGCACAGUCAAUUCAAUCAAUCGUGAAAGCUUUACUCAAUUAACCAAGGGGCUUGACCGAUCAACGACCGGAAAACACAUAUCCCGACUUCCGAGGACUCUCAUCAAUGGCUACAAAAGUGUAUAUUGUGUACUACUCCAUGUAUGGACAUGUAGAAAAGCUGGCUGAAGAGAUAAAGAAAGGAGCUGCAUCCGUUGAAGGAGUGGAAGCCAAAUUAUGGCAGGUGGCAGAGACAUUGCAUGAAGAGGUGUUGGGUAAAAUGAGUGCACCUCCUAAAAGCGACGUACCAAUAAUCACAGCAAGCGAACUCUCUGAAGCUGAUGGAUUUGUUUUUGGGUUCCCCACCAGAUUUGGUAUGAUGUCGGCUCAAUUCAAAGCAUUUUUCGACUCAACCGGUGGUCUCUGGAGAACCCAACAACUCGCCGGAAAACCCGCCGGUAUCUUCUACAGCACCGGAUCUCAAGGCGGCGGUCAAGAAACCACCGCGUUAACGGCCAUCACUCAGCUGGUUCACCAUGGGAUGAUAUUUGUGCCGAUUGGGUACACAUUUGGAGCUGGAAUGUUUGAAAUGGAGCAAGUCAAAGGUGGGAGUCCUUAUGGUGCAGGGACUUAUGCUGGGGAUGGCUCUAGACAACCAUCUGACCUUGAGCUCCAACAGGCCUUCCACCAGGGCAAACAUAUUGCCACCAUUACUAAGAAACUCAAGGGACUUGUUGUUGCUGCUUGAUCUUUACAUCACAAAAUAUCAAACCAAAAAAACCAAAACCAUAAAAUACUAUUUUAAUUUCUUUUCUUUUUUAUACCAUCUUCUAUAUCAUUAUCUAUUUCUAUUUCUGUUUCUAUUGUCAUUUCUGAUUGUAAAAGGCUUCUUCUUUUGAAAAAAAUACAACAUAAUAUUUCUAUGGCU